UCGGUCCUGCUUGGAGAAACCACUCACCCUCUCCCGUCGCGAUGUUGCACCUUCGUCUUGUUGUAUUUGUGGCUGUGUGCCUCGCUCUGUGCGCUUCAGAGAGACUCAGCUGCAAGAACUAUUGCCCUGGCCCCUACGGAGACCAGUACGCAUGCUGUGACCCGAAGCCUGGGACUUGCCCGUCGCCUCCAAGGUGCACCGACAUCUUUGACGGCAACGUUCCUUUUUGCUACGUCGACAGCGACUGUCCCCGGGACGAGAAGUGUUGCGAGGACGCUUGCAAUGCAGGGAAGAUCUGCAUUUCAUUGCACGGUCUGGGAAACUAGUUUUGUUGCAGUGUCGGUUGCAAUAGACUCUCUUUGGCAAUAAAGUUUAUGGAAGGAUAAUGCUAUUAUUUCUUUUCAUUAGAA